AUGCAGGCUCGACGUGUGCGGCACGCCAAGCUUCGAACAGCGCUCAGGUAUGACGACGACCACGACGACCUACCGAUCAGACCAGCAAGUGCGGUACGAGCCUCAUUGUCUGACCUCGGCUGCGGUCUUUGUCGAAUCGCUGCUUAUCGUACACCUCCGUCGUCCCGCUCACCGGCUGCUGUGCUAUCGCACGUGACUGUCACGUGGUCUCCUGGUCAUCAAUCGCUAAUUGCAGAACGUAGCCAAGCCGUUUUUCGCACGUCAUGA